AGCAGUGAGAGCAGUGAGAGCAGUGAGCAGGACGGGGCUGUAAGAGUGUGACACAAUUAACUGUGAACAGGAGAGAACUAAUAGAAACAUCAAGGAAACAAAUAUCUUGAGCUGGAGGAGGCAACAGGAGGAGAGAUGACAUGAUGAGAUUCCCAACAAUGCCGGCCUGCUCCGCCUCACUGCUCUUCUUCCUCGUUCUGCUGCUGUGUGGGCUUCUGGGGGGUUGGGUGCUCACUAUCUGCCCCUCUGUGUGCUCCUGCAGCCGGGGACACCGUAUGGUGGACUGCUCCUCACGAGGCCUGACCAAGCUACCUCCUGGUCUGCAGCACAACAUCCGCUUUCUCAACCUCUCCUUUAACAGCUUGUUGGGUCUGGACAGGCAGCUCAGCCCCUAUUCUCACCUGCGAACACUGGACCUGUCCUACAACCGCCUGGAGAACCUGCCACCUUCCUUGCCACGGUCUCUGUGGGACAUGCGAGUGGUGGGGAACCACCUGUGCUUGCUGGACAAAAAUGACACAGCUUACCAUUGGAACCUGAAAAUACUGGAUCUGUCUGAUAAUGGGCUGGAGAGAGUGGUUUUCAUCAACAACACACUACCCCAUCUCCAAGCUCUCAACCUCAGUCACAACAGGUUCUGGACUGUGCCCACAAAUAUGCCACACAACCUGGAGAGCAUUGAUUUGUCACAUAAUUAUCUGGUGCAGAUCCUGCCUGGAUCACUGGACCAGCUUCCUCAACUGGCUCAGUUCUACUUGCAUGCUAAUCACUUCUCCUGGUUAUCUGAGUGGGUCUUUGAGAAGCUAACGGGCCUAGAGUUAAUCUCUCUUGGAGAUAACCCCUGGGCUUGUGAAGAAGAAGAAAACAUAAUGAGGCUCCUGAAAUGGGCUGAGCAGACCCGUGCAACUGUCUUAGGCUGUCCCUGUUAUAUAAGACCCGUCUGUGGGCAAUCCCAUCUGGCAACACCAGGUAAGGUGUGGCGCACUGCGCUUUUCACAGAGCCACCACUUUGGGUAAACAGCAGAGGUGAAGGGCACGAUGGUCAAUCCCGUGCAAGGACUGGAGAGGUCACAUCAAGUUACCAGGCCAAGUCAGCCCUUUUUCAGACAGGAGUAGAUCAGGACAAACGAAGAGGGAACGGAUCUGGGGAUCAUGUGGUGAAUGUCUGGACAUCUUCCACAAGCUUGGAAAGUUUCUCAUACAAAAGCACAACAGCAUCAUCAUGGUCUUCAACGAAGAAGCCCAAAGUAGAUAACUCACAGAAUCAAGGCCAGAGCCUCCUUGUCGAGACUCAGCUGACUGUCACUCUGACUAUUUCAGUAAUGACAGCAAUAUUCAUCACUUUAUGAAGCACCUUGACUGGACACAAAAUGCACUGUUGAAAGGAUUAUUUAUUUUGGUUGGUAAUAACUGUUGUGACUGUUUCUGUCUUCUGUCAUGAAGUCCAUCAUCAUGAAACGAUGAUGAUGGACAAGGUCUAUACAAUUCCUGAUCUUAAAGAAUCUGUACAAAGCUUUAUCAUAGAAAACUUCUAAAAAUGUGUGCAAACAUGAUUCAUAUGGCGCUCUAAAGUCACUGCACACUGACAGACUGCUGUGCUCUAGGUUUUUUUCACAAUACUGAAAGAAAUCGAGAUGCAUUGCUUAUUAAAUGUUUGCAUUUUUAAAAUCUAAUCCAUGAGAUUAUUAAUAUUUUAUUCAUUUGUUUAGAAAUGUGACAGACCCAAUAAUUUGAUAUUUUGAUACUAUUAUUCCUCCUAAAUUGGACCUAUGUCACGUUAACAUGCACCGCGGGUUGUACACAACAAACAUGACGGAGGCUGAGCAGAUUUACCCUUUGAACUACAAAUCCAAAGUUUGGGAUCACCACGAGUUUCACAAGAGAGACGGGAACAAUGACAAGUCUGAUGCAGUUUGCAAAAUGUUCUGCGCUGCUCUUGAGGACACAGGCAGUAGAACUAACCUCAUAACUCACCUGGAGCGACGACUCGGUCUGACCGUGGAGGCGUCUGUCAGUUAACCGGCUUCCCCCGCUUUGAAUUCGGAUUCAUUAACAGUUACUACCCCCAAGACUAGUGAUGAUGGUGUGUUUUCCAUGCCCCGCUGGCUGACAGCUCCACUCGUUCAAAGACAAUAACUGAUGCGUAUCGUAUCGGCCUCACACCAGAGAUCCCCAACCCCAGCCUGUAGUAUAGCAAAAACGUUAUAAUUGUACUGUAAUUCCAUCAAUUACAGUAGUACAAUGCAAUGAAUAUCCUGUGCUGUAGUAUACGCAAGAAAUUAAAUUCUGAGAGGACAACCAAGGUAUUAUUUGUUUCUUGCAAAUAAUUGCACUGAAAACACAUGAAGAUGCCACAUCCAACUUUUAGCAAAAGCAAAAACCGCAUUAUAUUCAAUCGAUUCAAAACUAACUGGUUCACAAGUUUUUUUUACUGAGGCCUUAUUAUUGCCUCCAAAGCGGCUUCAUUGUUUUUGG